AUGGCUGAGAGAAUUGGCGAGUUGAAUCAGGUUGCUCAUCAGGGAAAUAUUAAUGACUUUUACAACUUGAUCAGGAACGAUGUCAAACUUUUGGAGCACAUUGAUGAGCUCCCAUUUGUUGAUACACUUUUACACAUAUCGGUAUCUGCUGGGCAAAUCCCAUUUUCCAUUGAGAUGAUGAUAUUAAAGCCCUCUUUUGUCAACAAGCGAAAUCCAAAUGGGGAUACCCCCAUUCACCUUGCUCUAAUAAAUGGGCGUACAGAGAUGGUGCGCCAGUUUCUACAACACAAUGCGGACCUUGCUCGUGUCAAAGGAAGGGAGUUCUGUCCUGAUUCUAUUACGGAUGUGACAACACAAAAUGAGACCGCUCUUCAUAUUGCCCUCAAAAACAACAAUUUGGAGGCUUUUAAAUUCUUGGUGGGAUGGCUCCUAAGGAAGUGGCCUUAUUGGAGGAAAAUCCUGGAGCAGAAGGAUGUGGAAGGCAAUACUGUAUUGCACAUUGCAGCUGUGUCUCACUUAUUAGCUUGUGGUGGGAUAUUUGUGUACAUGAACUAUAAGAAUUUAGUGGGUAAAACAGCGUUGGACAUCUUGCAAGAACAACCCCAAGAAGUAGAAAACAGCGAGAUGAGGGCUAUACUGGACCGUGCUGGAGCUUUAAGAGCUUCAUCUCUUCCUACUGUUACUCCUUCUUAUGAACAUUACCUAAUGCUGCCCAAAAUUUAUGAGAGAGUAAAAAUACCUAUUGGGCGUCAACUGGAGGGAAUGACAGACGAAAGGCGCAGUGCGUUGCUGGUGGUUGCCGCACUGCUUGUAACAGUGACCUAUCAAGCGAAUUCGCCAAACUCAAUUGCUCUCAGUGAGAAAGCACUUACUUUAACAUACUCCAUUAUAUAUCACAUAGCAUUCAGUAGAGAUUAUGAAGAAAUGGAGGGAGGUAAGCUUAAAGAGUUCAAUGAAGAAGCCAUGCAAAUAUUACGCAUGAUUUCGACUGUGGACAUUCUUCCAUGGCUCGGGGGAUUGUGGAUGCAAUAA